AUGGGUGUACCGGACAACGGACCGCUUAUAGUUGGUGUCACUUGGUUCGUGACAAUGUUCUGCGGUGCUUUCCUAGGGCUCAGGUUAUACGCAAAGCUGAGUCGGAGGCAAGGGCUGUGGUGGGACGAUCACAUCCUCAUCUUGUCAUGGGUCAUUCUGUUUGCUGAAGCUGUCGUGACCCAGGUUGGGCAGCUGAUGGGGUUUGGCAAAUUCACAAAGGAUAUACCACAGGAAAACCUAGCAACGAUCGCCCUUGGAAGCUCAGUCGUUGCCUCGAUCUCCUGCUUCGCGUCGACCCUUUCUAAAAUCUCGUUUGGCAUCACCCUCCUUCGCCUCACGUCUGGGAAAAUUCGGUGGUCCGUUUGGUUCUGCAUCGUCACUCUCUUCAUCAUUAUGAUUCCGUCUGCAUUACUCAACUGGAUUCAAUGCAGCCCUUCUGCGAAGGCAUGGGACGCUUCAGUGAAAGGAGUCUGCUGGCCCGCAUAUAUUACCAUCAACUAUGGCAUCUUCAACGCUGCUUGGUGUACAUUGGCCGAUUUUUACCUGGCCCUUCUACCGUGGAAACUGAUUUGGGGUCUACAAUUGAAGACGCGGGAAAAGCUUGGUGUGGGAAUUGCCAUGAGCAUGGGAGUCCUUGCUGGUGCCUGUGCUAUUAUCAAAGGUGUCUAUCUACUACAACUGCGCCAGCAAGACUUCUACUACCACGGCAAAGACGUCACAAUCUGGACCGUAGUUGAGACCGCAACCGCAAUCAUUGCCGCCUCCAUUCCCGUCCUCCGCGUCUUCUUCAAGGAAGCAGUGUCGUCCUACAACCAGUCUCACAGCAAAUCCAAUGGCGGCCGCUCAAACGCCAGGACGGUUCCCUUGUCGAACCUUAGUCGCAGUCACACUGCUACGAUACAGAGCAUGGGCAAAGGCAGAGAAGGCGGCUGGACCACCUUGGAGCCAGUAGAAGACAGCAUCGAGGAUACGUCAAGCCAAAGAAGCAUCUUGAGGGACGAGGAGCACGGAUUGGAGAAGAGCGUACCGCGUAUAGUUAUCGAACACAGUGGCAUCAUGCAGACAAAUACGGUAUCAGUAACGUCUGACGUGGAGAAUCGGUCGACACACGAUGGCCGACCUUGGGUAGGAGCAUCUGAUUAG